GUUUUGUGAGUUUAAACAUCGUUUUAGUCUGAGGGUUUGUUUAUACGUUUGUUUUUUGGUCGAUUUCCUGCCUCGUGAUCGAAUCUUUUCUCUAAACGUGAAUCAAUUGCAGCGUAAAAUGAAAUAACAGUUAGAUACUUACAAAUAUUGUUUUAUUGAUUUUAUCAGUUGUACAAUAAUAUUGAGUCAUGGAUGGAUACCAUUUUCUGGUAAUGAUAAAGAUACAUAAGUUGUAUUUUGCUGUUGGUUAUUAUCAAGGAGCCUAGAAACAGUAGCGGGAAGACUUUGAAACAUGACUGAUGGUUGGUUUAAGGGAAUGGACGAAUGCGUAGUUUCUUGUAUGUUAUGAUAGUUGGGAGAAGGCGCGCAGCUAUUCUGAUCUAUGUUAUAAGGAGAAGGCGCACUACAAUGGGAUGAUGCAGAAGAUGACAGAUGAGAAAAGGUGUUAUGUUGGUAGGAAAAUUGAUCCACUAAUUCUUGCACGCGGGAACGGAAACAUAAUAUUCUGUUUGCAGAUAUCUAGCAACUGGAUCAUCAUUCAAACAAAUUGGAUUUUCGUUUAGACUUGGCGCUUCAACCGUAGGACAAAUAGUUCAAGAAACAGUUUGUAUAAUAUGGGAUGUACUACAGCCUAUUCAUAUGCCAACUCCGAAGAAACAAGAUUUUCAAAGGAUAUCAGAAGAAUUUAAUAAUAUAUUUAAUAAUAUUUGGAAUUUUCCACACUGUAUUGGAGCCAUUGACGGCAAACACGUUCGCAUUGUUUGUCCUAAAAAUUCAGGAUCAAUGUUUUAUAACUAUAAGCACUAUUUUUCUGUUGUACAGGGCGUAGCGGACGCUAAUUACAAAUUUAUUGUUGUAGAAAUUGGCGGUUACGGUAAACAAAGUGACGGCGGUACAUUUCAGGCCUCCGAACUAUAUCGUCAAUUAAAAAAUGGCACACUAGCAAUUCCGGAACCAUGCAAUUUUCCGCAAACAAAAACCAAGGCGCCUUUUGUACUAAUAAGUGACGAGGCAUAUCCACUCCUGCCUUUCCUCUUGAAACCUUUUGGUGGAAGAAAUUUGAGUAUUGAGGAGGAAUGUUUUAAUAAACGCCUAUCUCGUGCUAGAAAAACCAUAGAAUGUACAUUUGGUAUAAUCACUGCAAAAUGGCGUAUACUUUCAAAAUGUAUUGAAACCAAUAUUACGACAGCUGAUAAUAUUAUUAAAUGUAUUUGCAUUCUACAUAACACAAUUAUUGAUAAGGAAGGUUUCGAAAGACAUCUUAGUGAAGUAUCUGUCGAAAAUUGCACAGAAACUACAGGUAAAAAAGCGACGGGAAGACCUCUGAAUGACGCUAAAAAUAUUCGCGAUAUUUUUGUAACAUAUUUUGCUCACAAUACUUUGUCAUACAAAACCUAGAUUAAGCUUUUCAAAUAAUACUGCAAUAUAAUGUAAAUAAUAUUACUACAAAUACACCUAGGUACUUACCAUCCUGUCUUAUUUCAAUGCUUAUUUCCUUCCAGUAUCUGUCAACCACAUUGCGAUUGCUAUGUAGCUUAUCCCUCUUGUUCCAAAUAGCUGUUCUUUCAAACACCGCAGCAAUAAGCAAUUCUUUAUCCAUCACAAUAUACUACUCACUCGCGCGACAAAAGCCGAAAUAAACUAAAUUUUGAAUACCGUGAGCGCCUGCGAGCAGGUUAUCCGCGCGGACCUGCUGCAACCUGUUUUCACUGUGUGUACGUUCAUAUGAAUACACGUGAUAAUUCUUAAAGCGAUAAACGCGAGAUGGCGCAGGUUACCGGUAAGCGAGAAUCUCGCGUGCACUGUGU